UUCUCAGAUCUCAUGCAUUCAUGAAGUAGAGCAUGGAUCUGUUGUUCUUUGCAGUUAUGUCAUCAGUUGUUUUUACAAUAUUCAAGGAUUUAUUUUUUCCUUUUUUUUUUGCUAGAUCAAAGUAGUGAAGUUCUCUUACAUGUGGACUAUCAACAACUUCAGUUUCUGCAGAGAAGAAAUGGGAGAAGUUAUCAAGAGUUCGACUUUCUCGUCUGGAGCAAAUGAUAAAUUAAAGUGGUGCCUCCGAGUGAACCCUAAGGGUUUAGAUGAGGAAAGUAAAGAUUACCUAUCACUCUACCUGCUGCUAGUCAGCUGUCCAAAAAGUGAAGUCAGAGCAAAAUUUAAAUUCUCCAUUCUGAACGCAAAAGGUGAAGAAACUAAGGCAAUGGAGAGCCAGCGUGCUUAUCGGUUUGUACAAGGAAAAGACUGGGGUUUCAAGAAAUUUAUUAGAAGAGAUUUUCUACUAGAUGAAGCCAAUGGGCUCCUUCCUGAUGACAAACUCACGCUGUUCUGUGAAGUUAGUGUGGUCCAGGAUUCUGUGAAUAUAUCAGGCCAGAACACCAUGAAUAUGGUGAAAGUUCCUGAAUGUCGCUUAGCAGAUGAACUUGGAGGACUAUGGGAAAACUCUAGGUUUACAGAUUGUUGCCUUUGUGUAGCUGGGCAAGAGUUCCAAGCACACAAAGCAAUUCUUGCAGCUCGUUCCCCAGUCUUCAGUGCUAUGUUUGAGCAUGAAAUGGAAGAAAGCAAAAAGAAUCGAGUGGAAAUUAAUGAUGUGGAGCCUGAAGUCUUUAAGGAAAUGAUGUGCUUUAUUUAUACGGGAAAGGCACCAAAUCUUGACAAAAUGGCAGAUGACUUACUUGCAGCUGCUGAUAAGUAUGCUCUGGAACGUUUGAAGGUGAUGUGUGAGGAUGCUCUUUGCAGCAAUUUGUCUGUGGAAAAUGCUGCAGAAAUUUUAAUUCUGGCAGAUCUACACAGUGCAGAUCAACUCAAAACUCAAGCAGUAGACUUCAUAAACUACCAUGCAUCUGAUGUAAUGGAAACAUCUGGCUGGAAAUCUAUGGUUUUGUCCCACCCUCAUCUGGUGGCUGAAGCUUACCGGUCACUAGCAUCAGCUCAAUGCCCUUUCCUCGGUCCUCCCCGCAAGCGGCUCAAGCAGUCCUAAAGACAUUUAGAAAAUGGAACGCAUCAUUUUAACAGCACUGACCCGACCACAAUGUUGCACAAUGCAAUGUAUGAAGCUUUCUGACGCGCUUCCCGCCAUGGGAAAAGACCGUGCUUGGUGUGCUAAUGACCCUUCUGCACUAAGCACUUUGGGGAGAAAAACAAACCACAAACUUUUGCUGCAUUGUCUUGUGCCCCCUAGACCUGGCUGAACGGAUUCCCGCUGUUUUUUUAACGGAUGUUUUUAGAUGUUGGCUCAGAAGCUUUCAUUAUGGGGGUGGGAGUUGGGGGGGAACGAAAAAGUUAGCCACUUAACUUGCACUACUUCAUCUACUUCGUUUUGUGAACUUGAAGCCAGCUUCUGUCAGCACAAGAAAAUGGAUAGGGGCAUCUAGAGUCAAAUGGACAACCUCUAAAUGGAGGAGGAGAGAAACACUCGGGCUGUGGGUGCCGUAGAUGCCAAUGGGCUUCUUUUGUCCUUCCACUGAAAAUGCAAAUACGUUGAUGUCGUUAGCCGCAUCUGACCCAAAGUUUGCAACAGCAGUCAAAAGAAAACUGUUUAAGUAGCACUUGUAAUAUCAUUAUAAUAAAAAAAAAAUUACAAGGGUAAAACGAAUCCACACAAGUUUGGGUCAAAUUUUAAAAGCAUGGAAAGAAACCAUUCAGUUUAGACUUUACCCUCCUGCUCCUAGCAUUCUAAGCUCAAACUAUGUUUAGAUACAUAAGAGCUAUGGCUGUGUAAAUGUGUUUUCAGAUGAUAGCUGAAGUUUCAUGUAUAGAAUGUAUGAAAAAUGUGAUGGGCAUUUUUCUUGGAUGGAUUAGCAAAUGGAACAAGAGUUGAUGACCGCAUUUUCUUGUUCACUGGAAAAAAACAAAAGUCCUACUCCAGCUUUUGAAUUCAAACUUUUGUCAAACACAUUCAACUAUUUUUACCCGAGAAAGAAAAGGUUAAUUUGUAGCAACUAGUUUCCAGGUUGCAUUGCUUCCUUUGAUUCAUUGCUUUUCUGAAGUGGGGGAAACAAAAUUUGAAAUGGUUAAUUCCCAAAUUUUUCUUUGGAAAUUAUAAAUAAAAUACUAUUUUGUAUUGAAAUGCCUUUUGUGUAUUUCCUCUUCAGAGGAAAUCCUUUUCCCCAGAAAUUAUAUUGUGAAAUAUUGAUUAAUUGUAUGGUUUUGACAGCAAAUUCAGCUUUUGUUUAGUGAAUAAAUUUUGUGCAGAAAUUAUUUUUGAAGAGUCAGUCACUUAACAGAAUUUGUAUUGAAAUUUUUUUCCAAACUCUUAUUUAUUGGAGCAAAGUCUGCUUAUUUUGAUUUGAUUCAAUAGUGUUUGUUAUACCAUGCUUUGAGGAAAUCCCACUUAUAUGAAAAGACUGAUCUCCUUUUGAGAUGUGUGAUUAAAGUGACUCUUGUAUUGUCCUGUUACCAAGGUUGAAAUCUCAAUUUUACAAAUGUUUUGAAUGAGAAUGGAUGCUGCAAACAAUCCUUGCAACCCUUAUAUUUAGUUAUGAAACUUGGGCAUAGUUUCUGUGAAGUCUGGCUGUGCUAUCAAAAGUUUAAAGUUCUUGGCUUAUUUUGUCUGUUUUUAAACAGAGGUUGAACAGGCCUGUAUUCUCCCAGUGCUAUUGUUUUGCUCCUUUUUGUUCCCUCUCCAAAGUAAGAAGAUGGCGCAGUCUAAGAAAAAUCGGACUGAAAACUUGUGAUUGAGUUUGCAUUGUGGCACUUUAUUUUAUUUUAAGUCAAAGCUGUACUCUGUACAUCACAGCUGAUGGCAGCAUAGCUUUACAUUCCUGAAACUAUAAACUGUAUGGUCUGCUUUGGUUGCUCAUGUGAACAUAACAAAAUGAUUUGUGGACAGGUUGAUAUAUUAAAGUAUGUCACCUAUA